UUAGUGGUAUAUUUCAAAGGGUCAAGAUGGCGGUUUUCUGAAAUUUUGUAGCCGGUCAGUGAAGUAAACACUGUCUGAGAAGGUCCCACAUCAUGCUUCCUCUUGGGAAAGGACAGCUGGGGGUGUCGACUUUCUUUGCCUCUGCCCACCCCCAUGACAAGUGUGGCAGUAACGGUUUGCCCCUCACUCCUAACUCCAUCAAGAUCCUUGGCAGGGCACAGAAGCUGAAGACCAUCACCCAUCCUCGUCUCUGUCAGUACAUCGAUUUUGCCAGAGGGAAGAAUGAACGACUAAUCGUUGUGGUGGAACACUAUGAAGAUAAUGUCAGACUGGCCGCUAAAGAAGGAAGACUCUCCAGCCCCAACAAAAUCAAAAAGCUGGCUUUUGAAGUGCUUCUGGGUCUGGAGUACAUGAACAAGCAUGGACUGGUUCACAGGGCACUGUCCUCUCACAAUGUUCUCCUCUGUCCAGAGGGGAAAGCCAAACUGUCCAAGUUUGGACUGUACCACAUGACAGGAGGAGGGGCAGAUGUGGCAUUUCCUAUUGGCCACCCACAGUACCUGGCUCCUGAGGUGUUGUGUCCAGGCCCUCCUGUGGAUACUGAUGUCUAUGAUGACACAGAAAUGGAUAUGCCUUUAUCUGGUCCUAAGGUGGACGUGUGGGCCUUGGGGAUGAUCCUGUUGGAGCUCUGCAUUGGGGAGCAACUGUGGGCUCACUGUACUCUUGCUGAUGUCUUUAAAAAGAUGCUAGCUUACACAAAGUCAGACACAGCAUCUCACCCCUUUGACAGCAUCAUACAAGAUCAUCAUGCAGAGGACAAAAUCAAGAAUCUACCUGAGGAUCUGAGAGCAAUUCUGCAGCUCUGUUUGACUGUUUCGCCUUCCAAAAGACCCAGUCCCAGCACCCUACUGCAGCAUGAGGCUUUUGCAGAGUUAUCCAAGGCAGAACCACCAUACAAGAACAACAUCAAACUCUUCUCUGUAGAACUCAGAUGUAAAGACCUGGAGCUGCCUGAGUUUGAUGGAAGGAUAGAAAUUGAUGAUGACCUGCUUGCCGGUCGCAGGUUUGACGAGGUGUACUACCUCUGGACUCUGGCAGGGGGCGAUCUUGAAGGGGAACUCAAAAGAAAGGGCAUCAUCAAGCCCAAACCUGCUGUCUUUAUGCUGCCCACUGUUGUAGCAGGAGAGGAGGGAGAAACCUUUGGCCAUGAAAAGGAGAGGAAACACCUGUUGGAUGACACAACCAUCCUGCUGUCAUUAGAGGAACUCAGACAGAGGCUGGAAAACAUUGAUGACACUGCUUUCUUUCCACUGCUCGAGGACGAAAGAACUACCUCCCCCAUAUCCCCCAGUGGGAAUGACCUGUCAGAGACACAGAGUCUGCCACUUGUGAUCAGGGAGAGGGAUAUCGAGUACCAGUUCCACAGAGUUGUGCUGUAUGAGCGCUUACUGAAGGCUUACCCAUACAAAAGAGAACACAUAUGGAAGGAGGCCAGAGUGGACAUUCCCCCUCUGAACAGAGCUCACAUAUGGGCAGCACUGCUGGGAGUGGAGGGAGAUGUACAGGGUUGCUAUGAUGCCAUUGAUAAGGAAACACCACAGCUUAUUGAUAGACAGAUAGAAGUGGACAUUCCCCGGUGCCAUCAGUACGAUGAGUUGCUGUCGUCCCCUGCUGCUCACGCCAAGUUCAAGAGGAUCCUGAAGGCCUGGGUCUUCUCCAACCCUCAUCUUGUGUACUGGCAAGGUCUUGACUCCCUGUGUGCUCCUUUCCUCUAUCUGAACUUCAAUGAUGAAGCUCUGGCCUUUGCUAGCCUGUCUGCCUUCAUCCCAAAGUACCUGCACCACUUCUUCCUCAAGGACAACUCUGCAGUCAUACAAGAGUACCUUGCAGUGUUCAGCCACCUUAUAGCAUUCCAUGACCCAGAGCUGGCCAACCACAUGGAGAGCAUUGGAUUUAUUCCUGAGUUGUAUGCCAUCCCUUGGUUCCUGACCAUGUUUGCUCACGUGUUCCCCCUGCACAAGAUCUUCCAUCUAUGGGACACCCUCCUACUGGGGAACUCCUCCCUACCCUUGUGUAUAGGGGUGGCCAUCCUACGGCAACUCAGGGAUGCUCUGCUCUCCUAUGGCUUCAACGAGUGCAUUCUACUCUUUUCUGACAUGCCAGGUACUGACAUUGAAAAGUGUGUUCAAGACUCCAUCAACAUAUUCUGCUGCACCCCUAAGAGCGCCACCUUCAGGAAACAUGCCCGCCCUCCCCCCAAACCCAAGAACGGCCAGCGCAAGUUCCCUGCCUCCUACUACUCUACAGACUACCACGACCAGCCCAGAACCGAGUUGUCAAGAGAACCUCUAACCCUGGAGGAACUGAAGUCUGAAGUGAGCCCCAGGAUCUCUGCGGAGGAUCUCAUCGAGCUGUGUGAGCUGAAGGGCCCGUCUCCCAGCAAGUCUCCGACCAAGAAGUCCAAAACCAGCCGGCCAAAAAUCCUCAUCGUGGACGUCAGGGCAGGAGAAGACUUCUCCCGGGGCCACAUCCCCAGUAGCAUCAACAUCCCCUUCAACACGGCCUUCUCCCCUGAAGGGGACCUGGUGCCCUGCCCUGCUGUCUCCUCCCUACAGCAGCACAAGGGCAGGGUGGUGGUGGUCGUGGGACCAAAAGGGGGCAGAAACACCUACAAUUUUGCCAACCAGCUGGUGAAACUGAACUACCCCAAGGUGGUGACUCUGCAUGGAGGAAUCGACGCUCUUCGCCACACCGGCCUCCUCACUGUGCCUCCUGCUACCCUGUGAUUAGCCAUGCAAUAUGUACAUGUACGGGAUAUGGCAAUAGAUCUACAUGAUGUAUACCAUUGUUUGUAUAUUGUAAGGGCACAUACUGUAAAAUCUUGAAGCAUUUGUAUUUUUAAGUUUGCAUUUUUCCCAGAAGCAAGUGCCAGUAGAGUUUCAAAUUUGAUUCUGUUUCUACAAUUGUUUCAAUCUCAAACUCAAAGAUACCGCGAGCUCUUGAAUUUCAUCAUGCAACAACAAAUCACUGAU